GCUGACACGAUUCGCGAGUCUCACUUUCUUUACAAGUAAAAUAAUAUUAGUUUUUGUAGGCUGAAACUCGAAAUUUAUUCGUAAUGGCUGACCCUUGCUAAUGGUCGCGUUUGUCCAAAUUUCCAAAUCCCACGGCCACGGGAAAAAGGCCGAGGAAAGUUCGCUGUUACAGCUAGAAAUCGUUUCAGAACUUGUAAAGUUACACCGCCCUUUUUGAUUUUCCGUGGAAGCUGUAGACAGAAAAAAGCUAGCUCUGGAGGAAUCGCCUCUUGUGGGAAUCAAGCAGUGUCUGGAUGAUACUAAGAACAAAGUAUUGAAUAGGCUGCUUAUCCCAAAACUUACUGAUUGAGAGUACCUUGUAAAACCACGAUUGUCAAACACCCAAUAAUUCCAGUUGAGAAGAAACGAAAAGGGCGUGUUUACAAUGUCUGCUUAGUGGAGGAAGUAGGAAAUAGUGGAGAAGUGAUAGAAGAUGGCUUUUAAGCCACUUGUUUGGUACUGUAAGCCUGUCGAAAAUGGAGUAUGGAAAAAAGCAGUGGAGAAUGCCUUAGGCCCGUAUACACCAUGUGGAGUUGACACUCUGGUGGUUUCUAUCUCCCAUUUGGUUCUCCUGGGUUUGUGCUUUUAUCGUACAUGGCGGAUUAAGAGGGACUUUACGGUGAAGAGGUUCUAUUUGAGCUCAAAUUACUAUAAUUAUAUGUUGGGGCUAUUAGCUUGUUAUUGUACUGCAGAACCUUUAUACAAGCUGGUAAUGGGCAUUUCAAUUUUGAAUCUUGAUGGACAAACAAGCCUUGCUCCUUUUGAGAUGCUUUCUCUUCUCAUUGAGUCCCUUGCUUGGUGCUCUAUGGUGGUAAUGACCAUUGUGGAAACUAAGAUCUACAUCUGUGAGUUUCGGUGGUAUGUCCGGUUUGGAGUCAUCUAUGUUCUGAUUGGGGAGAUUGUUAUGCUCAAUCUUAUAUUACCAGUCAAGGAAUACUACAAUGAAUCUGUGUUGUAUUUGUACAUCAGUGAGAUUUUCUGCAAGGCCAUGUUUGGAAUUUUCUUGCUGUUCUAUGUUCCAAAUUUGGAGCCAUAUCCAGGUUACACCCCAAUACAGACUGAAUCUAUCGACUAUACUGAGUAUGAAGCACUUCCUGGUGGAGAGCAGAUUUGUCCUGAGAGGCAUGUCAACAUAUUCUCCAAGAUAUAUUUUGGCUGGAUGACUCCCCUCAUGCAGUUAGGCUUUAAAAGACCUAUCACUGAGAAGGAUGUUUGGAAACUAGAUACAUGGGAUCUGACUGAGACACUUAAUGACAAGUUCCAGAAAUACUGGCUUGAAGAAUCUCAAAAGCCCAAACCAUGGCUACUAAGAGCAUUACACCGAAGCCUUGGAGGAAGGUUUUGGUUGGGAGGUUUUUUCAAGAUUGGCAAUGAUCUUUCUCAGUUUGUGGGGCCAGUAAUAUUGAACCUUCUCUUACAGUCUAUGCAACGGGGAGAUCCAGCUUGGAUUGGUUACAUCUAUGCCUUCUCAAUUUUUGCUGGAGUGUCAUUAGGAGUGCUAAGUGAAGCGCAGUAUUUCCAAAAUGUCAUGCGUGUUGGUUUCCGGCUAAGGUCAACCUUGGUUGCUGCUGUGUUUCGUAAAUCCUUGAGACUUACACAUGAGAGUCGCAGGAAGUUUGCAUCAGGAAAAAUAACCAACUUGAUGACCACAGAUGCUGAGGCACUUCAGCAAAUAUGCCAACAGCUUCAUAGUUUGUGGUCUGCUCCAUUUCGUAUCAUUGUUGCCAUGGUUCUUCUGUAUAAUGAACUUGGUGUUGCUUCACUUCUGGGAUCACUAAUGCUUGUCCUCUUGAUUCCCAUACAGACAUAUGUGAUAAGCAAAAUGCAAAAGCUGUCUAAGGAAGGCUUGCAACGUACUGACAAGAGAAUUGGUCUCAUGAAUGAAAUAUUGGCUGCCAUGGACACUGUGAAAUGUUAUGCCUGGGAGCAGAGUUUCCAAUCUAAAGUUCAAAGUAUUCGAGAUGACGAACUUUCAUGGUUUCGUAAAGCACAACUUCUAGCAGCGUGUAAUAGUUUUAUACUUAACAGCAUCCCGGUUGUGGUUACGGUGGCUUCUUUUGGGGUGUUCACCUUGUUUGGAGGGAAUUUGACACCUGCUAGGGCAUUUACAUCGCUGUCACUUUUUGCAGUCUUGCGGUUCCCCUUGUUCAUGCUUCCUAAUUUAAUAACACAGGUUGUAAAUGCUAAUGUAUCAUUGAAACGUCUGGAGGAACUUUUCUUAGCUGAAGAGAGAAUUCUGUUGCCAAAUCCACCUCUCGAGCAAGGUUUUCCAGCGAUAUCUGUUAAAGGAUGCUUUUCCUGGGAUUCAAAGGUAGAGAAGCCGACAUUGUCAAAUAUCAACUUGGAUAUUCCAGUUGGUAGCCUGGUUGCAAUUGUUGGCAGUACAGGAGAAGGAAAAACAUCAUUGAUAUCAACAAUGCUAGGGGAACUUCCUCCAAUGUCAGAUGCAAGUGUUGUUAUUCGGGGAACAGUUGCCUAUGUCCCACAAAUUUCAUGGAUUUUCAAUGCGACUGUACGUGAAAAUAUAUUGUUCGGAUCUAUUUUUGAACCGGCACGAUAUGAAAAGGCAAUAGAAGUGACAGCGUUGCAACCUGACCUUSACAUACUCCCUGGUGGAGAUCUCACGGAGAUUGGUGAGAGAGGAGUCAAUAUUAGUGGUGGUCAAAAGCAAAGAGUUUCAAUGGCUAGGGCUGUCUAUUCCAAUUCAGAUGUAUACAUAUUUGAUGACCCUUUAAGUGCCCUUGAUGCUCAUGUAGCUCGACAGGUUUUUGAUAAAUGUAUUAAGGAUGAACUGAGAGGAAAAACAAGAGUCCUUGUUACAAACCAGUUACAUUUUCUCCCACAAGUUGACAUGAUUAUUUUGGUACAUGAAGGUAUGGUGAAAGAGGAGGGAACCUUUGAGGAACUUACUAAAAAUGGGAUAUUGUUCAAAAAAUUAAUGGAAAAUGCUGGGAAAAUGGAGGAUAACGUGGAAGAAAAGAAAGAUGGGGAGAACCAUGUACAGGAGAAAAAAACGCCUGCUGCCAAUGGGGAAAUAAAUGGUUUGUCAGACAAUGCAAGUCACAAAAACAAAGGGAAGGAAGGCAAGUCUGUCCUUAUUAAACAGGAGGAACGUGAAACAGGUGUUGUUAGUUGGAAUGUCCUGAUGAGGUAUAAAAAUGCAUUAGGAGGUGCAUGGGUGGUUAUGAUACUCUUUUUCUGCUAUAUUUCAACAGAAGUUCUUCGUGUUUCAAGUAGCACCUGGUUAAGUGUUUGGACAGAUCAAGGCAAUUCAAAGAAUUAUAGUGCUGCUUUCUAUAAUCUAGUGUAUGCCCUUCUGUCUUUUGGUCAGGUGCUAGUUACAUUGGCAAACUCCUAUUGGUUGAUAAUUUCAAGUCUUUAUGCUGCAAAAAGAUUGCACAAUGCCAUGCUUAACUCAAUAUUGAGAGCUCCUAUGGUUUUCUUCCACACAAAUCCUAUUGGGCGUGUAAUUAAUAGGUUUGCAAAGGAUCUAGGUGAUAUAGAUCGGAAUGUUGCUGUGUUUGUGAACAUGUUUCUUGGCCAAGUUUCACAACUUCUUUCAACUUUUGUGCUUAUUGGCAUAGUGAGCACCUUAUCUCUCUGGGCCAUAGUGCCACUUCUAGUGCUCUUUUAUGCGGCCUAUCUAUAUUAUCAGAGCACUGCUCGCGAAGUUAAACGGCUGGAUUCAAUAACCAGAUCUCCUGUCUAUGCACAAUUUGGAGAAGCACUGAAUGGUUUAACAACCAUUCGUGCAUACAAGGCCUAUGAUCGGAUGGCCAACAUUAAUGGGAAAUCAAUGGACAAUAAUAUUAGAUUCACUCUUGUGAAUAUGAGUUCAAAUCGUUGGCUUGCUAUCCGGCUUGAAACAUUGGGAGGAGUUAUGAUCUGGUUAACAGCAUCGUUUGCAGUCAUGCAGAACCAACGGGCAGAAAAUCAGGUUGUGUUUGCAUCUACAAUGGGUCUUCUUCUCAGUUAUGCUUUAAAUAUCACAAACCUGUUGACUGCUGUUUUAAGACUUGCAAGUCUGGCUGAGAAUAGUUUAAAUGCUGUGGAGCGAAUAGGAACAUAUAUUGUGUUACCUUCUGAGGCUCCAGCCAUUAUUGAGAGCAACCGCCCUCCACCAGGAUGGCCCUCAACAGGAUCUAUCAAAUUUGAAAAUGUUGUCUUACGAUACAGGCCUGAACUUCCUCCUGUGCUGCAUGGCUUGUCUUUCUUGAUUUCUCCUAGUGAGAAGAUAGGAAUAGUAGGCAGGACUGGAGCUGGGAAAUCGAGCAUGCUUAAUGCUUUGUUUCGGAUUGUAGAACUUGAAAGAGGAAGAAUUUUAAUUGAUGAUUGUGAUGUUGCAAAGUUUGGUCUGAUGGAUUUACGCAAAGUUCUUGGGAUUAUCCCACAAUCACCAGUUCUUUUCUCAGGAACUGUACGAUUCAAUCUUGAUCCUUUCAAUGAGCAUAAUGAUGCUGAUCUUUGGGAGUCUUUAGAAAGAGCACAUCUAAAGGAUGUAAUCAGAAGAAACUCUUUGGGUUUGGAUGCUGAGGUUUCUGAGGCAGGGGAAAAUUUCAGUGUUGGACAGAGGCAACUGUUAAGUCUGGCACGUGCUUUGCUGCGGAGAUCAAAGAUUCUUGUUCUUGAUGAAGCCACGGCUGCUGUUGAUGUUAGAACUGAUGCUCUCAUCCAGAAAACCAUUAGGGAAGAGUUUAAAUCAUGCACAAUGCUUGUUAUUGCUCACCGACUGAAUACCAUCAUUGACUGUGACCGAGUUCUUUUGCUUGAUGCUGGCCAGGUUCUAGAGUUUGAUACACCAGAGGAUCUUCUGUUAAAUGAAGGGAGCGCUUUCUCUAAGAUGGUUCAAAGUACAGGAUCUGCAAAUGCCCAGUAUUUACGCAGCUUAGUUCUUGGAGAAGGUGAAAACAGGUCAACCAGAAAAGAAACCAGGGGGCAAGAUGGACAGAGAAGAUGGCUAGCCUCUUCCCGCUGGGCUGCUGCUGCACAGUUUGCCCUGUCUGUUAGUCUGUCUUCUUCGCAGAAUGAUCUCCAAAACCUGGACAUUGAAGAUGAGGACAGCAUUAUCAAGAAAACCAAGGAUGCAAUCAUUACUCUUCAGUGUGUAUUGGAAGGGAAGCAUGACAAAGUCAUUGAAGAGACACUGAAUCAGUACCAGGUUUCUAGAGGUAGAUGGUGGUCAGCUCUCUACAAAAUGGUUGAAGGUCUUGCAGUGAUGAGCAGGUUGGCUCGCAACAGGCUUCAACAAUCUGACUAUGGUGUUGAAGACGGAUCAGUUGACUGGGACAGUAUUGAGAUGUAGGAUGCUACCUUACCAAUGUUCACAUCCUUUUAGAAUAAUGAAUACCUGAUGACAAGAGAAACAAUGAAGUAAAAGCAAUGGAACUGCAUCAGAAUCUACCAUAGACAGCUCUGCUCAAGCUAGAAAUAAGGAAUGCUGAUAAUCCUUUCUUCCAGGAAUUAUAUGUUGAUUAGUGGUACUUACAGAUUCAAGAUUUUCUUAUGUUUCAUGUGAAAGUUUACAGAUGCAUUAGGAUAUAUCAUUAGGCAUUUCUAUAGGUGUACCUUUUUUUGUGUAGGGGACAGGGGCGCAUAUGGGGGUAUGGUUGUGUGUGUGUGUGUAUGUGAGAGAGAGAGAGAGAGAGAUGAUUGAAGGGAAAACUCACUCAGUUCAAUGAGAUUGCGAGAGACAAAUCACAAAUCUCUAUUGUUUACAAUGAAUUCAAUAGAAAGAGAAACGCUAGGAAACUUUUAUUUUUGGCGAGUUACACUAGGAAACUGAAUGUUGCAAAACAAUCCAAUAUUUAAAAGGUGUAAAUUUCCCAAGGUUAUGUUUGCUUGCA